AUGCCGCUCGAGAGCAAGACAAUCGUCAGAACGGGCGACAAAAGGCGGCGCGACGAUGAGGUUCCUAGCGAUGAUCGCCCCCAUCAACUUCGUCGACUUCAUGGCUCACAACAUGAGUCCGAUCGCCCACCUAGUGCAGUGGACUUCGCCGCUCUACAAGCUCGAGUAGAUGCGAUUGAGAAACAAUUUUUCAACCGUUGCCAUAUUCCCAACGAACAGGACGAAGUGCUUAUGCUGACGCCAUCGGAUGAAAUGCAUAUCAUUGAUGAUCAGAAUAGUCGACCUUCGCUACGCGCCCUGCGUAGGGAGACACAGUCCCUACCUGUACAUAUCAAGGGUGCCUUUCCAGCUUCGGCUUUUCUCGACGGCGAUCGAUUCCAUACUGAGGCGUUGCUUGAAGAACUGUACCGACCAAAUUUCUCAAUACCUGAGGCUAUCCUAUCGCUCGUCAAUGAAAGCGACAAGGUCAAAAACUCCUGCGACGAGUAUUUCAAGACCAUUCACAUCUGGUUUCGGUUCAUAUCCGCCAAGAAGCGAUUGGCAGCUCCAUUCUCUGAAAAUUGUGAGCCGGAUAUAGUCGCGCUUGCUCUGGCAAUGAGACUCAUGACAUCCGACCCCGACGACAACACUUGCAGCUACUUGUAUAAACAGACCAAAGGACUUUUGGACACGCUCGUAGCUAGAGGGGUUGUGUCCCUGCCAGUUCUUCAGGCAAUGAUCCUUGUCGCACUUUACGAAUAUUGCCACGCGGUCUACCCUGCUGCCUGGAUGAGUAUUGGAUUAUGCACUCGGUACAUUGAGCUUGUGGGCGUAUCCUGGGCAACAAGAGAAACGGUUUUCCAUGGGUCAGUAGACACCGUUGCGCUGAGAAAGCCUAUACAAUGGUUCGAAACGGACGAGGAAGAAAGAAGGAGAUCAUGGUGGGCCGUCUUUAUCCUUGAUAGACUUAUGUCUGUCGGAAGCAAGAGUCCAUGUGCAAUAUCAAGAGCUCAGGAACACAUUAAACUCCCGAUGCAUGACGACAGUUGGGAAUCCCUCGACUAUGAUGUAGUCGGGGACCAUGAGUACGACUGGCAGCCAGUAGUCUCUGCAGAACACUCCGGGUUCUCACGACUCUGCGAAGCCGCCCUCCUGAUUGACAGCGCACUUAUACUAUCUCGCAUUGAGGGCACACUCGAUCAGGUUCAUAUUGACGAUAUCAUCAGCCAUUCAAGGAAAAUUCUGAAUUGGAUCGAUACUGUCGACCAGGAGUCAAAAUCUUUGACCGGCACCGACCUCACUCUUCGACUGAUCGGACCUCGCUUCGCCGCUCGCUCGGCUCUGUUCCUCUGCGUCAAAAAGCUCACCUUGCGGGCAAAGGUUACCCCAGACGGCACAUACCUACUGAAGCCCCAUCACGGUGACAAAUCAGAGAGUCGUGAAAUGGAGAAGAUAGAGAAAUGCUCAGCAAGACUUGUCUGGCAGGCGAGUCUGGACAUACGAAACAUUUCGAAAGCACUCUACAACCAAUUAUUCGACGGUAAUGAUCCCAUCGGGAAUUUAGGUAUCAUAUCGCCGUUCAUACUUGAUGGGGUGUAUAAUGCAUCCUCCAACCUCCACCGGCUCUCAGAGGAUGGAGAUAGUAGCCAAUCUGACGUACUGAGUUUAACAACUUUCUUGGAUGAGCUCGGUAUGCGAUGGAGGUCUGCAAGAGAAUACAGGAGGUUGUGUGAGGACAACGUGGGCAAUAUGCCAGGACUGGUGGAAAAGAGUUGA